CACACCACUGCAGUGCUGGGGUGUUGCAGCCUCGCUGUCGCCCGCAUCAGAAUGACUAGAUGCACCAUUGCACCUGUUCUCGAGAUUGCAAAUCACAGGAAGUUGCUGUGCAAAACCGACACGUACCUCGAGCUUCCGAUGUAGCAUAAAUUACGUCGAUUUGAUUAGAAUUACGCUGGGGGGAAACACAGCGGAAGAGACCAGACAGCUGUCAUACAUCGCUUUGUUGUCGGAAUUCAGAGGAGGGUGCAGCUCUAAAGGCUUGGAGCUUGUGGCCAGCACUAAACACAGAGCCAUGAUGAAGUUUACCUGACUAAAUGAACCAGACCAGGUUUCCAUUGGAACGUCAGUCAAUCCAGAGGCCUUUAUCAUUAAUAAUAGAACUCAAUAUGGCUAAGAAGAUAUUCAGAUCCUGUCUUGAGCCUAUAUGCCUAUUUUUUUAUUCAAAAGGUUUCAUUUAGUCAAUCAGAAUAUUUUUUUGGAUGAGUAAUCCUCUGAUAGAGCAUGGUUCUCUUCGUGGCUAAAACAGAAACAUUUUUGUUGGUCACUUGAGUUCCCCAAAAUCUCUAGAGUAGUGUUUUAAAGAAGUUAUGUAAUCUGGUUGAGAGACAUAAGCAAAAAUAGCCACCAAAGGAAACUUCCACAUCAAAACAUUGGAACAUCAUGCAGUCAGACGAUCUUUUCAUCCGUAAGUUUCGUAGGCAGAGCCCACGUCCGCACCUAGCUGCAGUAAAUUUUGACUCCAAGCAAGACUGUGGUGUUGGUGUGCGUACACGAGGCAUGACAGAAUGGCCACCCAGGAAAGAAAAAGAGGAUAUGGAUGAAGAGAGUAUGAUACUUAACACUGCUGGACUGAAUAUGAAAACAGUUGGUCGUGGACAUAUAAUGCAGCGCAGCAACAGUGAUGUCACCCUCGGGGAUUUAGAUUCAACAGAUUCAACUGGGAGAAAGAUCCGAGCAGGGGGUGACAAAAUUAGCUCAGUAGGGCAGGGGGAGUACCUCCACAGAGAAUACGGUAGCCUCUCCUCAUUAGAAAGACAGACAAGGUUUACUAAUCUUGGUGCAAGUGAGCAGGGAGCUCUCAGUCCCAAUGCUUUGCGUUUCAAUGAUCCAUUUGUUCUGCUGGGACUUCAAGAGCCAGAUGGCUUCUUUCAAGCAAACUCAUCUCCUGCAGUAGACCGUUCCAAACCAGCCAAGCCCCCCAAACCAGAGGUGCUUGGUAAGACGGCCAAAUCGUCCCCUUUGCAGGCCUGUCAGGUUUCUCAGGAUUACUUCACAGGUGGUGCUUGGGUGCGCAAUUUUGCACACUAUGAUGUGCAAAGCGUCCUGUUUGACCCCACUGAGGCUGCCACCAACCGUGACAGCAUUGGCCGCAAAAAGAACAUCACAUCUGGUGCCUCAGCUGCCUCUCAGCUCCGUCCACUCACACAAUCCACACCUUCCUCACUGUCUCAGGGCGGAGGCAGCAGUGUGGGGAGUGGGGUUAGCUCAGAGGAUGUAGAGCAGUCUUUGCUGGAUGAAGGUGAUGGGAAUGAUAAUGAUCUCCUGCUCAGCUGUCCACACUUCCGGAAUGAAAUGGGUGGAGAGGAGAGUGUAGGACUAGGCCUUACAGGGGGUGGCAGAGGUAGAUGGAGAAGUCUUCAGAGUCCCAAUGAUGCCGUUUCUGUGUUAGAGGAGCCCAGGGAAAGCCACAUCCAACAGCAGGGGAAAAGCAACUACUUCAUAGAGCAUAUGGACCUGGGGGCUCGUUACUAUCACAAGUACUUUUACAUGAAAGACCAUCAAAAUUUCUUUGGCGUGGAUGAGCGUUUGGGGCCAGUGGCUGUCAGUUUUCGCAGAGAAGAAAAAGAGGGAUCCAGUGGGUCCCAGUACAACUACAGAAUCAUUUUCAGGACCACAGAACUGAAGACAUUGCGUGGUUCUAUUCUGGAGGAAUCUGUUCCCACUGCAGCACGCCACACAACACCGCGUGGCCUUUCACCCAAGAGACUGCUAGAAUUCAUUUUGCCUGAUCUCAACCUACAUUGUCUUAGACUGGCUUCCACAUCCCCUAAAGUUCGAGAUACACUCCUCAAAUUGGACGAGCAAGGGCUAAAUUUCCAGCGUAAAAUAGGGAUUAUGUACUGCCGAGCAGGGCAGAGUACUGAAGAGGACAUGUAUAACAAUGAGAGUGCUGACCCGGGGUUUGAUGAGUUUCUGGACCUUUUAGGCGACAGAGUGAGACUGAAAGGUUGGGAGAAGUACAGAGCUCAACUGGACACCAAGACGGACUCCACUGGUACACACUCUCUGUAUACUUGCUACAAGGAUUACAAAAUUAUGUUUCAUGUCUCCACCAUGCUUCCAUACACACCCAACAAUACACAACAGUUACUGAGGAAGAGGCACAUAGGAAAUGAUAUAGUCACAAUAGUCUUCCAGGAGCCAGGCGCCUUGCCGUUUACCCCAAAAUCCAUCCGUUCUCACUUCCAGCAUGUUUUUAUCAUUGUCCAAGUGCAUGAGCCUUGCACUGACAACACCUACUACAGAGUUGCAGUAACCCGUUCCAAGGACAUUCCUCUCUUUGGUCCCCUCUUCCCUAAACACGCACACUUUCCACGUUCUCCUGCCUUCCGUGACUUUAUCCUUGCCAAAGCCAUUAAUGCAGAAAACUCAGCUGAGAAGUCAGAGAAAUUCCGCUCUAUGGCAACACGUACACGGCAAGAGUAUCUGAAAGACCUCGCACAAAACUAUGUCACCACCACUCCCAUUGAUUCUUCCACCAAAUUCCCAUUGCUGUCCCUUGGGGGAAAACGUAAAGAAAAGUUCAAGGGCGCUAAAGGGGCAGAGCUUCAUAGCGCAGGGGCUUUAGUGUGGGCUGUCACAGCCAUUCAGGAUGAAAAGUGCAAUGGACUUAUCCUGGCCUGCUUGCUGGGCGUGUCAGCAGAGUCAGUGGUGCUCAUUGAGCGGUCAACACGAAGGGUAGUUUUCAACUGCAGCUGUCGUGAUGUGAUUGGCUGGAAGGCAGUGACUGAAUCAGGAGAUCAAGGUGGACCUUCCCUGGACAUUUUCUACGAGAGGGGUGAGGUGGUAACUGUGAAAGUGCCAGAUGUCCAGGUGGAGGAUAUUAAGGAGGUGGUCCAAAGAUUGGAGCUGGUAACAAGAGGCUGUGAGGCACGUGAAAUCACCCCCUUGCGAGACGGAGUAGGCCAGCCCGGCUUCAUGAUGAGCGAAGAAGGCUUUGUGACAGAGCUCAAGCGGUUUGGAUAUGCUGAGAGCGGGGGGCUGCAGUUGGGAGCUCGUGUAGUUCGUCUGUGUGGCCAGGUCCUCAUACAUCUGACCAAGGAAGAGAGAAGUAGACUCCUUCGCACUGCACAAAAGGUCCACAUCACUGUCAUACCUCCAGACGAGAAUGGGAAACCACGCAGGAGUUUCUCAGAGCUCUACCAGAAAGCCAUUCAGGACGCAGAGGGCAAGUCUGGAGAGGGACAGUCUGAUGAGGCCUGGGUCCUGGAUGAGAGAGGAGAGAAUGGCGAUGAAGGGGAAAAAGAAGUCACGAAAGAGAACCAAAAUGAAAUAACAGAUGGUGAAACUGAAAUUCACAAGAAGCAGCCUCUUGGAGAAGAGAUGGAAAUUCCAGGGCCCAGGGAUUCAGAAUUGUUACUCACUUCACCAAACUUGGCUCUUUUGCGGGCAACAUCCCUACAGGACGGCGUACAAAGUCAGAUUCCUGAGAUCAUCCCCUUCUCCAUCACACGAAGCUGCUCACUAGAAAGACACUCCACAUACAAAGAUAUUCUUGAAGGGCAUGUAUAUGACAAUGUGGGGCAAAAAAGAAACAAGCACAUCUAUGAAAACCCCGGAGAGUUUAGGGACGCAACCCCUGACCUCAUACUGGCAGUCAAACCAAAAGUGUCUCAGGAGCAGGGGGAAGAGUGUGGAUCUGACCAGGAGAUUGAAGAACAACCAUCAGUAAGUGAUGAGACCCUUCGAACUGCCAGCAUGGAAAGAGCAGAAAGAAACUCCAGAGCUCUGAGCCUCCAUAACUCCAUCACCAAAAUUCUCUCAGAGACUACGGAUUCAUCUGAGGCAGAGUGGCAGUCUAUUUCUAAUCUAGCCAGUGCCUGCCAAAACAUUUUGGAAGCUCUUUCUCAAGAAGACUGGAAGGCAGGCGAUGGCACACCAGAGAGUACAACGCAGACUGAAAAUGGGCUUAAAGACAUAAAGGACAGUGAUUCGCCCGGCCACCUUGAGGAGAAGGUCUCCCAGUUAGAGGCCAUGUUGAAACGACUACAAGAUGACCUCCAAAAGGAGAAGGAGGACAAGGAGUUGCUGCAAGCAGAGGUGCAGAGUCUCAGGCAGAACAACCAGCGGUUACAGGAAGAGUCCCAGAGCACUGUGGCACGUCUCAUCAAAGUCACAGAGCUACUCUGCAAUGUCAACAAGCCGUGCUAGCAGAGAAAAGUUAUCCAUGGCAGCAAGACCUACAUUCAAGUAAACAUCAGAAGACUAAUGCAAAUGUUAUGCCUGCAAACAAAGCGCCAACCUAACAACAACAUUGUCAAGCCCUAUGAAUAAUGUGAUCAGUAUCUUAAUUUAUAUAUCAUUUAAACCAGAAAAAUCCUCUUUUAGCAUCUUGCCGCACCAAAGCCCUUUAGAAUAUGUUCAGUUUAGCUGCCUAUGUAAAACAGGGGAUAGUAGGAUUUGAUUACUUUUUGUGUGCAUAGCUGAAAAAGCAACCGUUUGUUAAUUUCUAAGGUUGACUCUAGUUGCGCUCUCAAUUUAGCCUAAAACAUGGCCUUGGGACAUCACAAAGGAAGAUUUACAUUUAAAGCGCACACUUUACGGCAUUAUUUAACUGACUUGACAGUGUACCUUUUUGAAAACGAUACCUCUCGUGUACCUCUCUGGUACGUACUAGUAGCCUAGCUAACAAAAUGUUGUUUCAAGAAUGUUCCUUAGAGGUUUCUCGUGUUUUUGAAAACGUUUUAAAAACAUUCAAAAUAUCCUGUUUUUUAUGUUUUAAGAAAGUUCACAGAUAACAGAAGUCACCAUCAGUGUUUCUUUGAGUUGGGCUCUUGUACCUUGAUUCCUGAGUAUUAGAAUAUUUGACAUGUACUGUAUACAUCAACUGUAUAUAUGUGUUGUACUAUUGUUAUGGCAAUUAGGGUAUUUUAACUGCAAAGUGGGUCUUUUGGACAGAUCAUUUCAAUGAAUUGGGUCACAAGACAGUUUCUCUGAAUCAUUUACGCCCCGACGUAAUGACAUCACUCGUCCUGGCGUAACGCUUUAAGUCUAUCAUCUCGGCUGGCUUGGAUGAAAAUACUACACCAGUGGUUCUCAACUCUGGUCCGUGAGACCCAUUACUCGGCCGAGUUUAGCUCCAACUCUGUUAAAACACCUGAAGAGGCUAAUCAGUGACUUCAGGAACAGACGUGUUUAACUUAAUGUAGGGCUGCGCAGAUUGUUUGGCAUAGCGCAUUAAAGCAUCGCGAGAGCGAUUCAAAUACGCACCGAGCAAUCUGCUCUUGAAUCUCUAUCGCGGUACUUAAAUGUCAUAAUCUGGUAGGUUUACGCAGAGCUGCAUUAAAUUGAACGCGUCUAUUUCUAAAGUCGCUGAUUAUCUUGUUCAGGUGUUUGAUAUCAGAGUUUGGGCCAAACUCGGCAGGAAAAUAUGGCUCUCGCGGGCCAGAUUUGAGAACCACUGUAGGCUACUACACUCAGCCUCAGCACAAAAUUAAUAAAUCAUCAAUCAUAACUUCUUUCAUUUAACAAAUCAUCACCAUGAUGACAAGUUUUGUAACUAAAGCACCCAGUGCACAGUGAUGUGCAGCAAACUAUGAUAUUUUAAGUCUUGCAGACAUAAAGUACAUAAUUAAUCUUCAUCAGCAUUUUUCAGAAACUAUAUGAUGCACUAUAUAUCCAUGCACAAUCCAAAACGAUUUAAUUGUUAUUAUAUAAACUUACGUUUUGCCAGAUUGCUCCAUAAUAUUGACAUGCUCGGUUCACGUGCGCUCGUAGCAUUAGGCCAGCAUCAGUUGUCCACACUGUUCGGUUGCCUCACGGUGAAUCACGCAUGCUCAGUCACUAUCCAGCUCAUCGGUUCUCAAUCGAACGUGUCCGAAGGAAACAGCUCUCGGUUCAGUGUACUGCUGAAUCGAAAGGUGUUGCAACCAGUUGUUGACUCGAGAACGAGAAUCGCUGUGGUAGUGACACGAAUGUAAACGGCACUGCAGAUUGGUGUACAUAAGGCAGUAAUUAAGUCCUAAAGAUAUUUCCAAUGUGUUUUAUAGUCCCACCUCUAAUGUUUGAUUAAAUAUCUGACUAAAAGCCUAUUAAUUCGUUUUGAAAUUAAACGCAUGCGCAGUAUCAUCAGUUCUUUAUCGAACGUGUCCGAAGGAAACACCUCUCGCUUCAGUAUACACAGCCAUCUUAUCUGCUCAUGCUCUUAAAUUCCCCCUUCUCACAAUUGAUGUCUAAAAAUAUUUGUGAUAAUUGGACCACAACACCACAGCAGAAUAAAGACUAACACAGAAUCUGUGUAUGAAUCUCAACGAUGGUGACCAUCAACAAAAGAAAACUCCAUGCUGUAAAACUCAUUCAGAUAAACAGAUCUACUGCAAUGCAUGCUUGGAAUAAUGAAUUAGUUUGUUGAUUGUCACCAUUGUUGAGAUUCAUGCCCUGAUUUUUGAUGUGUUGUCGUUUUUGAUAUGUUGUGUUUUCACAAAUAUUCUACACGUUGAAUUAUAGUUUAACACCCUGAUAUUUUGAUUGUCAUUUUGGAUCAAGAUGACAACAUACAUAUAAUAUCCAUUUAGUGGAUUGAACUGUAACUUAAUGGUCUAUACAACAUCCACCAGCAAAUUCCAUUUGGUUACAACUUCAUUGCAUUGCAAUAACAAUAUUACAUCACAUGCACAGAAUUACAGCAAGUCAAAGAAUUUAACACAUUAGAGUUAAGGGACAAGAGACCAACGUAAGGAAACACUUGUUGGCUGGUUACAUUCUUAGAACAUUACAAAAAUGGGACAUUUUGUUUGUUUUUAAAACAUUUUCAAAGCUGUCAAUUUCUUUUUCAAUUUUAGCUGGGAGGGUAUAGGGCAAAAAAGUUUGGGGACUAAACGUGUACCAAACGUUAUUAAUUUAAAUUCACAUGACUUGUAAGGCCAGUUUGAUUUAACUUAUGAAUUCAGCUUUUGAGCUAAAGUUUUUAACUUGAAUUUUGUACAGUAUACUAUUCAUAGGUUCUAGGGAUGUAACGAUUCACUCAGCCCAUGCUGCGAUUAACGAUUCUGAUCUCACAUUGUGAUUAAUUCACGAUUUACUUACAAUUUCUUUCACAAAAUGAAUCGAAACAAAUUAGAAAUGAACAACUUCCCUUGCAUUAUUUUUAAAUGCUUCCCGUUUCUUUGUAUGAUAAAAUUAUAUUUUAUUUCAAAUUACAGAACUAAACUGCAAAUUUUAAAUAAAUGAAUAAUUGAAACAGCUUCUUUAAUAUAAACAAACUAAUACUAUCUGUGCUUUUCUUGGAUAUUCUGAAUUUAAGAAAAAUCAGCAUGUCCACUUUUAGGUUUGCUGUGAACAUGGCAGCCCCUGCUGUUCAAAAAAUGUAUUGCGAUUCAGUUCAUGCCUCAACCGAUUUGAAUGUCACACAUUAUAAUCCCUUUUCAACCGGCUCAUGAUGAAUCUUUACAUCCUUAAUAGGUUCACGUUUGUCAUAAAUCAGUUUACUGACGCUGUUAUUUGUGGGCUAUACUCAUAAGUAUUGCCAAAUUGAGGGAAUGUGAAAUGUUUGUGAUUGUUAAUAGUGGAAAUUGUUUUCUUUGAAACUGUAACAUACUAUCUUCUUUGUUCUUUUGUUUCACACAUGAGGGAUGCCUGAUUUAGUGUUUAGAAGUGUUUGAGAGAUAAGCCAGAUGUGUGUGCUUUGUUUAGACACAAAUUUAGUAUUACAUACUGUAUUGCAAGAUGUCUUUUUUCUAUAUAUUGCACCCCAAUGUUUAUUAAUUGCCCCAAUGUGAUCCUUAACGGUUCACUGAUAAUGACAAAAAAGUGAGAAAAAAAAGAACAAAACAACUGGAUUUGCUACGACAUAUAAACCUAAAACUAAAAAUGCGUUUAACAAACACAUGGAAAGCAAUGCAAAAUGUUAAAUAAUGUUAUUUAGCGAUACUGUAUGUUGUGUUUGUACCUUAAAAUGUUGAAUUUAAUUUUAGAGUUACUGUGAUAAAUUGUUACCAGCAGAUUCUGAUGUACUAUUAAAAUAUAAAUCUAUAUCUUUAUCACUCUCUGUAAAGAAAUGGAGAGUCAAAUUAAGUGUUACUGUAAUGUCUGUAAAUGUACAUCCAGAUUGGUUGAUGAAUUAACAGCAGCAAUGCUCUUUUAUUGCAGCAGACAGAAAGUCAAUGAAACUGAUGCAGGUUUUAUACAAUGUAUUUUGCCGGGUAUACAUAAAAUAGCUCCCUAAAGGGUUGUCUGCUGUUCAUUCGUGUGCAAGACAGUGUGGUAGACUACAGGAAGUUGUGAAAGUAUGUUAGUACACAAAACAAUUUCCAUGCCUCCUUAUCUCUGUGUAUUCAUGAAAAUGUAUAAUAAAACAUCUAGAUGCCA